AUGUUGCGAGUCGGCUCCUGGUUGUACGGCAAAAAGCCAGCGGGGUCUGUGGACUCGGUGGUUGAGUUGAAAGACUUGCAUGAGGCAAUGACAGCGGCAACACGGAUUCUCAAUGACGAUGUUGAUGGUGCGGAGAGUGGUCUCUCCACGGGUACUUCGUCUUUUCACAAUUUGGGUAAAGGCGUGGUCGCAUUCGUCCGGGCAACAUUAGGCUUUGAGCAGGAGAUUAUGCGACUAGCAUCCGAGCGUCUUUAUGAAGCAGAAACCAGCGCGGCCAACGAUCAAACCCGGUCCCAGCAAAACCCCCAAGCACCCAAUGCCUUUCACUCCGAUAUAUAUGCUGCCGGCACCGAAUAUGCGCUGUGCCAAGCAAUCGCUCAAUUGAUGAGUGCUGUGGUUGGGGUACUGAAUGAAAGCCUGACAGAAAGCAUCAAAGCAUUCUAUCGGCUGAGAAAGGCGUACAUCGCUCUAGACGCUAUCAUGAAGAUGGAGGAGAAGUUUAUGGAGCAGAGGAAUAUACACAGAGUUCUACUGCCUAGCACGAGUGACCUCUCAACCUCGAGCGCUGCAUGCACAGACAUGAACCGAGCUCAAUUCGUCAAUGAAUGGAAUGUCUAUCUCCCCCGAGGGGCGUCUCCAGAUACCUCGACGGGCACUUCCACACCUGCAAAGCAUAUCCACCACGACCCCGACUCCGACAUCUUCAAGAAUGAAAUCGAUGUUUUUGUGCAUUCUGGUGCCAACUUCUGCUUUGGUAUUCUUCUUCUGUUGAUUUCCAUGGUUCCACCAGCAUUCAGCAAGCUUCUUUCCAUUAUUGGCUUCCGCGGCGACAAGCAACGAGGGCUGAGAAUGCUCUGGCAAGCCAGCAAGUUCCACAACUUCAUCGGUGCCAUGGCUGCCUUGGCACUAUUAGGAUAUUACAAUGGCUUUGUCCGCUACUGCGAUAUUAUGCCCGACCCAACUCCUGGCGAAACUGACGUUGAGGGAUACCCACAGGAGAGGCUGGCUGCGUUGCUGGCGGAGAUGCGGUCUCGGUUCCCUAACAGUCAACUUUGGGUGAUCGAAGAAUCGCGCAUGUUAGGCGCGAACAAGGAGCUGGAAAGCGCCCUGGAACUGUUGUGCACUGACAAGAAGAGCCCGCUCAAGCAGGUCGAGGCGCUGUGCGUGUUCGAAAAGAGCUUGAACGCACUGUUCCUUCAUAAAUACGAUGUCUGUGCUGAGGCAUUCAUCGAGUGUGUGGACCUCAACUCGUGGUCUCGUUCAUUGUAUUAUUACAUCGCCGGGUCGUGCCAUGUUGCCCUGUACCGGCAAUCACUCAACGACCCAAAGCUUGCAGAGGAACAUGCUAAGAAAGCCACCGUAUACAUGCGGAAGGCACCCGAAUUCGCCGGGAAGAAGAAAUUCAUGGCCCGACAACUGCCGUUCGAUAUCUUUGUGACACGGAAGCUUGCCAAGUGGGAGGCGCGCGCCAAAGAAUGGAACGUGCCUCUGGUGGAUGCGGUUGGAGUUGACCCCAUCGAAGAAAUGAUCUUCUUCUGGAACGGACACAGUCGCAUGACCAACGAGCAGCUAGAAGAGUCCCUGGUCCGGCUUGAUUGGUGCGAAAGCAAAUACAACAAGACAUGGUCUCGCGAGGGGACCGAAGAAAAAGCGAUCCUGGAGCUUCUCCGGGCUGCCAUUUUCCGGUCUCUGCACAGACACCACGAGGCGAAAAAUAUCCUGCAGACUCGCGUGUUAAACCACGACAAGUCUGUGUUCAAGGGCCACCUGAAGGAUGACUGGGUCCACCCAGUUGCGCAUUUCGAAAUGGCCGCUAACUUCUGGAUGGAGCGUCCAACAUACCAGGACUUGCAUGGAAUCGCUGCUUCCCCCAAGGCGUCGGACGAAACGUCCACAGGUUCUGGGGAGACGAUCAAGGAGGCUGAGAGAAAGCAGGUAGCCGAGUGCAAGGUGUACCUUGACCAUGCUGCUCGCUGGGAGAGCUACGAGCUCGAUGCCCGUAUUGGACUCAAGGUUACUGCCGCGAUGGAAGCAGUCCAUAAAUGGGAGAGCAUGCACCCGACAAUCUAA